CUUUCAAUCGAUUCCACGACAACAUACGCACGCGACUCUCGACACGACACUCUCCCAUCAGCUGCUGCAGCUCGCUCGUCGAAGAGGCCAAAUCUCCACCACAGCCACAAUGGCCAUGUCAUGUCGAUACGCCGCCCGCAGCUGCGCCCGCCAGCUGCGCGCCACCCCUUCAGCCCAGACGAUGUGCGUAGCUGUGUCGAGCAGACGGUGGAACUCGACUGAGGCGGCCGCGACCAACCCCAAGAUCAACACCAUUGUCGACCAAAUCAGCCAAUUGACUCUUCUGGAGACUGCCGAUCUCGUGUCGACACUAAAGACCAAGCUCAACAUCCCUGACCUGCCCGUAGGCGGCUUCGCCGCUGCGCCCGCCGCCGCCCCCGUCGAGGAAGCCGAGGAAGCCGCGCCCGCCGCCCAGGAGAAGCACCUCUUCACCGUGAAGCUGCAAGGGUUCGAGACCGCGUCCAAGGCCAAGGUGAUCAAGGAAGUGAAGAGCCUGCUGGGUCUCAGCUUGGUCGACAGCAAGAAGUUUGUCGAGAGCGCGCCCAAGAUGAUGAAGGAGAACGUGACAAAGGAGGACGCGGAGAAGAUGAUUGCCACCAUGAAGGAGCUCGGCGCGACGGUUGUCAUGGAGUGAACUGGUCCAGGCCUUGGGGGAGUGUUGGUCUUGGGUCUUAUACAAUAGAGGGAAAAUCGUCCCAAUGUACAAAACAGCAUGUACUAGUAUCUAUAAGAGGAUUUCUCUUGUUUGUACAAACAUUCAACAGGGACGGACGGUGCGUGCCAAGAUGAA